AUCAAACAAAACAUCUCUUCAAUUGUUUGUGGCUUGUGGAUUGUUUUCAGGAGUUACCCUGUGUUAUCGUGGGCACCAUGAUGGAUCUGGAGAACGCAAGACAAGUGGAGAAGUUUGAUACCCUCAACUGGAUCUACAGCAACGAAUUUCCUGGCGGAUUUGUCGAGGUUUCUGCUAAAGAAGAUGAAAAUAUUGAAGACAUAUUUCGUCAUCUGCUCGACCAAUCUCGGGGGGAAGGCCGAAACGUAGGGGCGCUGAGUCGUGUCUUAUCCACUCGUAGACGAAGUGUCCAUUCUCUGGAAGAAAGCGACCAGGAAAAGAGCGAAGAAUGGGACCAUGAUGCCAAGAACUUCAACCGAAGCCGGAGUCUGGUCAGAAGGGGGUCCAGACCUAAAGUGAAACGAACCCAGCGCAGAGGGAAAAAUGACUGCCGAGCUUCGUGA